UUUUUUAAAUUGUCAAAUGGUUUGCGUCCCGUGCAUCUUUCUGCCUUUCCUUCUUGCAAUUUACCUCAAAUUUGUGCAGCCAUUCAUUUUGCGGUUUGUUCCAGAACGGUGGAAGAUUUGGUUUGAUUCAAUUCUCUAUCCAACAUGUCCUAUAAAAGUGCCGACACAUCCAGAACCUUCAGCACCUAAAGAAGAAGAAUUAAAAAGUGAGGAGGAAAAGAAGGAAAUGUGA